GCGGGGGCGCGUCGGGGCCCGGAAAACGCAAGGGCCGGCGUCGGGAGGUCGGUGCGCCGGAGUUUUGGCCUUUAGGGGAGAGGGUGGUCGGCCAGGAUACGGGGCUUAGCCCUGCACCACCCUAGUUCCCCCAAAACACAAACCAGGGAGGUUUGUUCUGGCGAGGGCAUGGCAAACUCACCCCCUCCCCGUCCGCCCCCCGAAAUCCUUGCUAGGUCUCCCAGUCUCUCUUCCUAUCCCAGCAGUGCCUUGUUCGAGAUGGGGUCCCAGGUGUCGAUGGAUGUGGGAGCUGUGCAUGUGGUGAUCGUGGGCGGGGGCUUCGGUGGGAUUGUGGCCGCCAGCAAGCUGCAGGCGCUGAACAUCCCCUUUGUGCUCGUGGACAUGAAGGACUCCUUCCACCACAAUGUGGCAGCUCUUCGGGCCUCCGUGGAAAGUGGGUUUGCCAAAAAGACAUUCAUUUCCUACUCAGUGACCUUCCGGGAAAGCUUCCGGCAGGGCCUGGUGGUUGAGAUAGACCUGAAGAAUCAGACGGUGCUGCUCGAGGAUGGGGAGGCCCUGCCCUUCUCACAUCUUAUCCUGGCCACGGGUAGCACCGGGCCCUUCCCUGGCAAGUUUAACCAGGUUUCCAGCCAGCAGGUUGCCAUCCAGCUCUACGAGGACAUGGUGACGCAGGUCCAGCGUGCACAGUCCAUCGUGGUGGUGGGAGGAGGCUCUGCGGGAGUGGAGAUGGCAGCAGAGAUUAAAACAGAUUACCCCGAGAAAGAGGUCACUCUCAUUCACUCCCAAAUGGCCCUUGCUGACAAGGAGCUCCUGCCCUGUGUCCGGCAGGAAGUGAAGGAGAUCCUGCUCCGGAAAGGCGUGCAGCUGCUGCUGAGUGAGCGGGUGAGCAACCUGGAGGAGCUGCCUUUCAAUGAGUAUCGAGAGUGCAUCAAAGUGCAGACGGACAAAGGCACAGAGGUGGCCACCAACCUGGUGAUCGUCUGCAACGGUAUCAAGAUCAACAGCUUUGCCUACCGCAGUGCGUUUGCAGAUAGUCACCUGGCCAGCACUGGUGCUCUGAGAGUGAACAAGUAUCUCCAGGUGGAGGGCUACAGCCACAUCUAUGCCAUCGGCGACUGCGCCGAUGUGAAGGAGCCCAAGAUGGCCUAUCACGCCAGCCUCCAUGCCAACGUUGCUGUGGCCAACAUCAUCAACUCCAUGCAGCAGAGGCCCCUCAAGGCCUACGUGCCGGGCUCGCUGACGUUCCUCCUGGCCCUGGGGAGAAAUGACGGCGUGGGCCAGAUCAGUGGUUUCUACGUGGGGCGGCUCAUGGUUCGGCUGGCGAAGAGCCGGGACCUGUUGGUCUCCACAAGCUGGAAAACCAUGCGGCAGUGUCCACCCUGAUGGCGAGGCCAGGCGGGAGGUGAGGUACUGCUGCUGCCGGGUGAUCGAAUUCUUGAUGAACGGGACCUGCCUGACAAGUGCCAGAGGGCAAAAGCGCUUUUUCUGGAGUAAAACGCCACUGAUGUACUGACCAGAAACACAACUUACAGAAAACCAAAAACUAGGAGAGAGACGCAUUUGAGAAAGACCCCGCCUAGAGGAUUCUUUCUGGGUUUGGCAGGUCUACUUGCACUUGUGCUGGCUGAGUGGUUCACUUGGUCCUAGGGAGGCACAGCCAGCCAUCUCUGCCCCAGGAGCCUCUUGGAUGUGCACGUGUGUGUGCGCACGUGCUCAUCCACCUGGGGUGUGGCAUUCAGAGCUCUCAGGGUUGGAGAGAGAGCUGGGUCUCCUGGUGGCUGGCAUCUGGUCUCUGAGGGCAGGAAGGAGAGCCUGCAAAGUGAGACCAGCUAGGGGAGGGGAGCUGGGGUGGAGACGGCCUGCACCCCAGCCUCUCCCAUCGUAGUGGGGCUGGGGAAGCCCACACAUCCUGCAAUGCCUAGGUGGUUAACAGGAGCCUAAUUUUAAACUGUUAGCCCCUACAGUCUUUAAUCUUCAUGAAACUUCUGUAUUUCCUUUUUAGAUCCUGAUUAUAUACCAUAGGUUUACAUAUAAGAAGAAAGAGUCAGAUAAAGUUUCCCUCCUGGUUAGUUCAUCCUACCAGAGAGUGAAUUUUUACAAAGAUAAAUGGGGGUUAAGACCAACGCCUGGCCUGCCAGCUGCUGGAGGUGUUCAAGGAAAGGCCGCUGAGCUGAUGUGGCCCUCGCGUGGGGUGCCAUCUGGCUGGCAUUCGGGGGGUAGAGGGAGGUCCAGCGAGUGAACCCCUGCUUGCUUCCAGGCUGCUGUCAUGGCACAUUUGUAAGUGACAAAACUCAAGCUGAUGCUGGGGGCAGGGGACCUUGUGGGAACCUUUGUGGUUUUGUGCUUGCGGUUUCCUGGCAAACCCCAAUGCCACCUAUCUGGAAGCCCAGCCAUGUGGCAAUAAAGCCUGCCACCAGCCAUGUUAAGCUAUGUAAGUGACUCCUACUUGCGAGAGAACCUCCAGUCAGGAGGAGCCUAUUUUGGACCACGUGGGUUAGAUCUCUGUAGCAGAAGUGGUUGAUGAGUUCAUGUGAAUAAAUUCAGGCCCAGACCUGCCCACCCUGCCCCACCCCACCCCCUUUUGAUGGUGGCCGCUGGGUUCUUGGCCAGAGUCCUGGGGCACCAGCCUCACUAGGAUUCUCAGUCCAUCCCCUCUUGGCUGUGGCCCAUGUCUGUUCCAUUUUGUUGCCCAGGCCUCAGGGAGACAUCCUCUCUGCCAGAGGAUGGCUGCCCCACUGGAGGCUUCACCAGGGCUUUGUUCCUGUGGACCAAGGCCAACCAGGCUCCCCUUCUGGAAGCAGGACCUGCCGCCUGAGAAACACAGGCCAUUCUGGUGCUGCCUGACCGCGGGCCUAGCAUGGUGGCAGUCUCAGCCCAUUAGCGACAGGCCUUGUUCUAUUUAUAGCACUCUAGAAGUAUCUACCCAUGGGGACACAGUUUUCCAAACUGAGAAAAAUGUUGCAAUAAAACAAUAUGUUGUAAGAAAGA